CGUCGCGCCGGAGUGAAAUCACCGGGCGCGAAUCGAGCCAUUAAUACGGGGCAGAUUAGUCGCGCUCUGCAGCUCGCGUGUAUUCCGACCACGUUUUUCCGGUUAUAUGAUCUUGGGCUGACUCUCAACCUGACUUUGUCAUUACAGUGACAAUGACAGAUGCGGAAGCAGUGGCAGGCGGAAUUGCUCAGCUACCAUGCGACGUGAAACCGCCGCUCUCGGGGGACAAGCUGCACCUAGUUAUUUGGUACAAGGAGGAGGCAGAUGCGCCGAUAUACAGCUUCGACACGAGAGGGAGAGACAGCCCGGAUCAAGGGAAUCACUGGCAGGAUCACAGCCUGGAAGGACGCGCGUUCUUUAAGCACUCCGAAACCCCCGCGAAACUCAUUCUGGAGAAGGUCCGCGAGAACGACGCAGCUGUUUACAGAUGCAGAGUCGACUUCAAGCAGUCACCGACGCGCAACAGCAAAGUCAAUCUAACGGUCAUCAUACCGCCGGAGCAGCUUAGCAUAUUGGACGAAGACGGCAGGUCUCAUAUUCCCCAUUACAUCCUUGGCCCGUACAGCGAAGGAGCGUCUCUCAAUAUCACGUGUGUCGCCGCCGGUGGGCGACCGCAACCACGAGUGACAUGGUGGCAGGGGACUGCUCUGCUGGACAAUAGCUACGAGACCGUGGAUGCUAAAAGGGUCCGGAACGUGCUGCAAUUGGAAAAGUUAGGCCGCGAACAUUUGCGCGCGUUCCUGACCUGCCAGGCCACGAACAACAACAUGGUGACACCGAUAUCGAGUUCGGUGUCGCUUGAUAUGAAUUUGAAACCGCUCUGGGUCCGGAUUCAAGGAGAGAACCGUCCACUUAGCGCCGGCAAGACCUACGAGAUAGGUUGCGAGGUUGUCGGAGCCAGACCGAGCCCGACGAUCACAUGGUCCAAAGGGAACAUGAUACUGCGAAAUGCACGGGAGACGACGAGUCCCGACGGCAACGUAACAACCAGCAUCCUCACAUUCGUGCCGAGUAUCGAAGACGCCGGAAAGUUCCUGUACUGUCGCGCCAGCGUGCCAGAUAUUCCGGACUCGGAGAUGGAGGAAGGAUGGAAGCUCGAUAUAUACCACGAGCCUGUGGUUACCCUCGAGCUUGGCAGCAAUUUGAAUUCGAGCGCUAUUCGGGAGGGUAUCGACGUUUACUUCGAGUGCAACAUCAAGUCCAAUCCCUGGGUUUACAAGGUUUCCUGGCGCCAUAACGGCAAUCCGCUCUAUCACAACACGGCGACCGGAACGAUAAUAAGUAAUCAGAGCCUGGUGCUGCAAAGUGUCACUCGCAGUCGAGCUGGGAUUUACACGUGCAUCGGCAAUAAUCAGGAGGGCGACGGCGAGAGCAAUCCACUGAACUUGGACAUAAAGUUCGUGCCGGUAUGCCAGCACGGCCAGACGAAGGUAUUCGGCGUGGCGCGGCAGGAGACCGCGAGGAUCCCGUGCGAGCUGGAGGCGAACCCGUCGGAAGUAUCGUUCACCUGGAAAUUCAAUAAUACAAUGGAGGCGGUGGACAUACCUCAGGCGCACGUCACGAGCGACCGUACACGCUCGACAGCCUCCUACACACCGAUGACCGAGCUGGACUACGGCACUCUCCUUUGCUGGGGCAGCAAUGACCAGGGCACUCAGCUCGAGCCGUGCGUCUACCAUAUCGUGCCAGCUGGCCGCCCGGACACCCCGCACAACUGCUCCUUGUUAAAUCAAACCACCGACUCGAUCUACGUGGAAUGCAUAGAGGGCUUUGAUGGCGGCCUGCCGCAAAAGUUCACCAUGCAGGUGGACCGCGAGGCCGGGUCCGGCAAGAGCGGCGGCCCCACGACCAUCUACAACCAGACGAGCAAGGUGCCCGUCUUCUCCGUCAGCAACCUCGACCCCGGCAGCAACUACGAGGUUUCCAUUUACGCCACUAACGCCAAAGGUCGCAGCGAGACCGUGCACUUUCGCGCCACCACCCUGAAUCUCCCUGAGAGGCGAACAGCAGGUGAGAGGCUGGCGCAACCACCCUCGCCGGAGAAUUGCACGAUCCGCGAGGAGAGCCGGACGACCGUGCGGGUGAGCUGCGCCGAGAGCGAGUACUUCGACGCGAACACGGCCACCUACGUACUGCAGGUCUUCGACGCCGACACCAGACGGCUGCUGGCGUCCGCAACGAGCCUGACGCCGAGCAUGCUCGAGGUGACGAAUCUGCCGGCCGAGAGGAGCCAGUCCGGCCUCGUGCUGUCCCUCAGGAUCAUGACGGCGCACGCCAUGAGCGACGCCACGGUCCUCCACAGUCCGCACUUUGUUCAGGAGGGUAAUACCAAUAAGGAGCACCACCGUUACCCAGCCCUCACGCCAGUUAUGCUGUCGCUGUCGGGUCCACUGCUGGGCGCCGUGGUGGGAGCCACAGCGGGGCUGCUCCUGGUGAUCUUCGUGAUCGUGCUCGCUGUCAAACUCCGCUAUCGACCCCGAUCUCAGGAGGACUCUCAUGACGACGGCGGCAUGGCGAACCUGGCGGCCUCGGGGACCGGCGCCUCGUCCCCGCGUGACAAAUCGUCGACCUUGCCCCUCAGUGCCGAUAGCAUCGAGAGCUUCGAGAAGAAUCCCGAUAUAAUACCGCACGCGAACGAGAAUUCAUAUGCAGAACUAUGCAAAAGUGCGUCACCGCGAUACGUGCUGCAACAGCAACGCCCGGAAACGAAUACCUUUGCAGCAGCAAACAACCAGGGCUCGGAGCUAACAUACGUCGAAUUAGCACUAAGGGGAAACCGACGAAUACCUCCGAAUUGCUACCAGCCCGUGCAAAUCUCCAGCAUCCAGCGGCCCCAGCUGCUGCCCAUGUCGACUUUGACGCGCAGACAGCCUAUCCAGGAGCCGACGAUUUACGCGCAAGUCGCCAGUCAUUCUAAACCGAUUUACGUGCCACCGCCGCACCCGUACAUGAAUCGCUCCAGCGACGAAACUACGGCGGAGACACCAUUGAUCGGACACGACAAUAAGAUCACUACGAUCAGCCAUUCGGGCAGCUCAAUCUGGCGCACCGACACGCCGCCUUCCUCGAACGCGCCAACGACAUGAUUUCAGCAAGCUGCAUCGUAAUUCACGAUUCCAUUUCGCUCCUAAACGUCUCUUAAUGUUCUCCCACCCCACUGCCCCUCGGAAAGGAAACGGAAAUAAAAGUACACAUCGAUCCACGUACGCGUUAAGUGAGGAGUUCUUCGAGGGAGGCGACGCGGGCCUCUCACCGGUAGAGAUUGUUAGACCUUUACUACGAGUGUUAUAAAUAGAGAAUUCGUUCGACGAUGAAAGUAAUUAAUGAAAUCGCGCGGAGUAUAUAUAUACACACAUAUAUAUAUACACACAUAUAUAGAUUAUUAUGCGCUUACCGAAUGAUUUGUGAUAGUGGUUGGACCCGGGGAAAGGAUUGAACUGUUUUUCAGCCGUCCGUAAAACUCGAGGCGGAGCGAACGCACUAUUUUGAUCCCGGAGCAGAGCGUUCGUUCACCGUUUCGCCGACCGAGAACUCGUUGUUCGAUGAAUGUUAUCGGAGAGUUGGCAAUAAUUACGUGUAAAAAAAAAAGGGUGCGCCGUUGCCUCGGUGCGCGGGGAACGGUGAGUUCCUCUGCAGUUUUUAAUUCAUAUCUACAAUACUCGCGAAUAUCACUUCUUUGAUUUCUCGCGCGGAAAGAGUCGAGCCAAAAUCGAGCAAAAUAAAAAAAGGUUUGCAACUGAAAAAUUGUGAAGCAUCCUCUUCAGUGAAAAUUACAUUAAUUCUCGUUCUCGCCUUUCUCUCGAAAUAAUAAUGCGGAAUUCAUUUCCAGGGCUUUUCAUAAAUGUAAAUCCCGUUAAGCCUCGUAAACGGGAACUCCCGAAAGUGUUGCGAUAAUAAUUUGUAAUAUUUACCAAUAUUGUAAACGGUAUCGAUAUGCCAAUAUCUCCGCUCUUCAAAGUUCCAUGAAAAGAGGAAUUCUGGUUGUUGGAGAUGUUUGAUACACGUUGAUUUUGACGAGUACUCGUAGGUACGAGUUAAAAAUCGAAAUAGCACUUCGCCCGCCUCUACGUGUAAAUCAAACAACGCCGGUGGAAAUAGAUUGCGAACGCAACGAUUUAGUGUGAUUGGUAGGAUAAAGUUAGUUGCGCGAUUGUUUAUUGUUUCGAUGAUAUAACCCAGUGUUCUUCUGCACGGUCGCAUAAAUCUUCGUUCGAUUAUUAUUUUCGAGAGGCUUCGUUCAAAUGCCAUUAACAUUCUAAUUGUUAGAAUUCGACAUGUCCCAAUCAUCAUUUUACUAUCAUUGAACUGUAGCACUUGCAAUUAAGCAAUUUAUAGAUUUUUAAAUGGGGUAAGAGAUAUUUCUUGGACCUACUUUCGAUCUCUAAAAAUACUAAAGUGUACUGUGGAAUAAAUCAAACGAUUGCACUGCCCUGAAAUUUAAUUCUGACCAUGUAAAAAAAAUAUAUUAUCAAACAUAUGAACGUGUAAAGAGUAGAUGGAUUAGAAAAGAAUUAGAAUUUAUUUCGAUCCUCGAAUCUCUAAUAUGAAAAUCAAAAAUUGUCUUUGCGGUAACUGCGCGCUUUUUUAGUGCAUCUUUUUUUUAUUCCGUUCAUUUCUUUCAUUCCCCGCGAGGAGGAUACAAUCAGGAAUUAUAAAUCCUCCAUUGAAAAUUAAAAUGAACUCUUGUCGGUUUCAUUUAUUUGCGUGAAGUCACGAGGUGAAAUUGAAGCAGAUUCGCAAAUUAAAAAAUUGUCUAACUUUAGAAAUGAAAUAUCGACAGACAGAAUAUCACGGACUUGAAUUUCUUUCGAUAUUUUAACUCGUCUACCUUUACAAAGUACCGCGUACGUUGGAGGAAAAAGCGACGUUCGUCGACGGGCUUUGACGUUAUAUAGCAACGGGAGAAAUGUCUUUUUUUUCUCGCUCUUCGGUUUUAUAGUUACCCGCUAUCUGUACAGUACUCGCUUAGCGUAGGCCGUUUUAUUCGGAACGAGCAUUAUAGAGUUGCUGAUAGAGCAGCGUAGAAAUCCGAGAACGUGGAUGAAAUGGAAGAUCGCGAUCGGUCAUCGAACGCAACGAAUCCUCGCGAGCUUCUCGUCGGAAUGAAAGGCUUGAGGAGGCCGGACGAAACGACGAUCACCUCCGAUAAUAAUGAUGGCGAUGAUGAAGAUGGAAUCCUCAUUGAUAGCUUCGUCACUUCGCAACACUUCGAGAAGACUGAGCGAAGCGCAGGAUUUGUAAUGCGCAAAGGUGCCAUAUAACAGAGACGGGCUUGUCUUUUAUUUGCGGUUUGUGUAAUCGCAAAUCGACCCUACGGUGUUUAUUAUAGGCGUCCCGAGUCAAGUAUUUGGUCCCGGGCCUCGAUUAUUCUAUUCUGUCUUCGUUUGGACCUCGGAAUCGGUUUAAAACUCCAAUUUGAGGUCCAGAUGAGUAAAAAAAAAGUGUUUAACAUCAUUCUAACUCUCAAAGAGAAUGCAAUAAAGUAUUUCAUCCUCUUUGAAAUUUCUUAGGCCGAAGACGAUCUACUGAACCUCUGUUCAUUGCAAUCGCAUUGGCCUCUUUGCUGCUGAAAGGGAAAUAGCGACUCUUUUCAGGCCUAUCUCAGGUUAACAAUUCAAUAUAUUUUCUCCGACACAAAGACCUUAGUUCGAUCUCAUUGCUCCCAAUUUAAAAGUUAUACGAGGUCAAAAUAUUCGACUCGGGGUACCGCUGAACUCGCGUCCAAGAUCGUUGUACGUCGUAUGUUAGCGUUGUUAAAAAUCGACGAUUAUCUAGAGAAAUGAUUUCAUGCCUUGUUGGGUGAGACAUUUGAACGAAAGACGAGUCUUCACGCGUAAGCACGAGAAGCGCCUUGGGAAAAAGUUACAGUGUUUGACACGAUGAACAUAUUAUACUGCGGCUGCGUUCCGAUAUUCACCGCCAGUAUUACUGAAAAUCUAUAGCACGCGUCAGUGAGUAUCGGAACACUGCCUAUAUUUACCUCAAUAAAUAAUGUAACUUUUCUCUGACGAGUCUUUUCACAUGUCCGCGUGUAAUUAACGGAAAUCCAGACGUUUCUGUUUUAAUGUCUCGCCCUGUUUAUAAAAGAAAGUAAAAAUUGUGUUCCGAGCAAUGAAAAGAACUCUCUUACAACUUGUUUCUGUUAAUAUUAAUUAAGAGUUUAUCAAAAUACGGGCUUUAUAGUUGACUGAGACGUAUUUCACAGUCAAAAUACUUGUUCUAGUAUUGGUUUUAAUUGAAAAUAAAGCCGUAAUUUUGUACGAUGUGCCAGAGGUAUCCACAAAGGAGAGCAAGAGAGGACAUUAUUUCCUCCCUAGAAAACUUAGCAAAAAAAAUUAAAAAUUUACUCUUCCUUUAAUAAGGAGGAGAGAUGCUGCACACAAAACUGAAACAUUUGCUCUUCUUUGAUAAAGAUAAGAGAUUGACAUACCAAGAGGUGCAUAAAUUUGAAUUUGUAAGUAAUUUAAUUUUGAAAGUCUGAAUCAUGUCCCUCCCUGGGAAAAAUCCUGCGGACACCUUUGCGAUGUGCGAUCGGUGCCAUUACUAAGCGGUAUGCAAUGUACGCUCCAGCGUAGGGCGCGAAAUUUGGAGGGACGCCUAAGGUCCGGUUUCACCAACGUUGUUUAACUUUAAGCUUAGCUUAAAGUUUAACUU